AUGAAUUCUAAUAAGCAUAGAAAAUUUGGUUCUUCUACUACUCGACCUGCCUUACAUUCUUUGUCUGCGGAAGAGAUUUUAUUAGAACCUUAUAAUUAUCUCUUGUCUCAUCCUGGAAAGGAAAUUAGGAGCAAGCUGAUCGAAGCUUUCGAUCAUUGGCUUAAUGUGCCUAAAGAUAAAUUAUCCGCUAUUACCACUGUGGUUGAAAUGUUGCAUACUGCUAGUUUAUUAAUCGAUGAUGUAGAAGACGAUUCUGUUUUACGUCGUGGUGUUCCUGUUGCUCAUUCAAUAUACGGUGUGCCUGCAACUAUAAAUUGCGCGAACUAUGUUUAUUUCCUUGCUUUACAUGAACUCACAAAAUUUGAUAAUCCAGAAAUGCUCAAGAUUUAUACAUCUGAAUUACUAAAUUUGCAUCGUGGUCAAGGAAUGGAAUUAUACUGGAGAGAUACAUUGACAUGCCCUUCAGAAGCUGAAUUCAUUGAUAUGGUUUCAAACAAAACUGGUGGUCUGUUAAGAUUGGCCGUUAGACUUAUGCAACAGUGUAGUGAAGAUUAUGUACCACUAGUAGAUGAUAUUGGCAUCCAUUUUCAAAUUCGUGAUGAUUACAUGAAUUUGCAAUCUAAAAAGUAUACUGACAGCAAAGGUUAUUGCGAAGAUUUAACAGAAGGAAAAUUCUCUUUUCCUAUUAUACAUUCAAUUAAUACUGAUCUUAAUGAUAGAAGACUAAUCAAUAUUUUGAAACAGCAUACAAAUUCUAUUGAGUUAAAACAAUUUGCUGUCAAAAUAAUGAAUGAAACUGGUUCUUUUGAAUAUACUCGUAAUUAUUUAGAAAAAACUGAAAAAAUGGUUCAAGAAAAAAUUGAAAAAUUAGGUGGAAAUCCU